AUGUAUCGGAAGUUGUCUAAGUUAGAACACUCGGAAAUAAAACAACUUCUUACAGAAGCUAACAUAGAUGUUGCAAAACAUUACGCGACAAACAAAAAAGCACUCGCUGACAUCCUCAAUGACUAUAAUGGUGCAAUAAGUUAUGAUAGAAUUCAUGAGUUCAUAAAGCCGCAACGCGGCGAGGACGAAGUCCAUGCAAGAGCAUUUCCUUUAAAUGACGUUGCUAUUGACUUAUAUCAUAGACGUUCAGUACCUCAUGAAGUAAGAAGAGAAAUGUUUGACAUAACAAAUGCAAACGUUGGUGAAACAAGAAGAAGAGACGACACACUGAAACAACAGAGAAGAGAGAUGUUUAAGAGCGCUAUAG